UCUUGAUAGGCGCUAAUCUUGGCUAACCUAACGAAUUGUGCUUGUGUGCUUAUCUUUAGUAUCAAUAUCUCGUUGAAUUGGAAUUUAUUAGAACAUUUACAGUUAUUGUUAGCUGCUUUAUGAAUUUCAAUUGAUAAUUGUCUUCAUUGUAAUUCAUUGUAGUUUAUGUAAUUUAAUUGAACUUGUUUAAUUUGUCAGAAUAUUAAUUUACUUUAAGGAUGGUCUAUAAUAACAAACAUAAAAUUGUUUUACAAACUAUUAUGCACAAAGGCGCUUUAAGUGAAAAUGACGGAAAGGAAUUAAUAAUGAAGUUAUUUGAUCACAGCAAUACAACACGAAUAAUAAGCGAGAUAAAUGCAAAAUUACAACCAUUAUGUAUGACAAUAAAAUGCACAAAUUGUGAAAUCACUGGUCAACUAUAUUGGAUUUUUGCAAGUAUGGUACAAGAUAAAACUGCUAGUUUUGAUUCUGAAUUUACUCAAGCUGAAUUAGCUCUUUUGCGUAACGUAUAUUCUGAAAUUGUUACUUCUGAUAGUAACUGUGUAUCGAGUACAUGGUGCCUUAAUUUAUGUUCGUCGUUGAAUCUGAAACUAAGCAAGGCUAAUGCUGAACAAUUUUUACAUGAAAUGAUCAACAGGAAAUGGUUGUUUUGUAAGAAUGGCAAAUACUAUAUGGGAGUAAGAAGCAUUGCAGAGCUGUGUCAAUAUUUUAAGGAUACAUAUGAGGAUAAUCUUCGGACUUGCACUUUAUGCAAACAAAUUUUAUUUUAUGGUGAAAAGUGUGACAAAUGUGAUACAACUACACAUAUUUAUUGCUUAAAAGAUUAUACAAUGAAUCACGGUGGCCUGGGAUGUCCUAAUUGUCAUUAUUCUGUCUCUGAACCUGAUAAUUCUAAUAAUACUAACAAUUCAACGAUGGAUCUUGAUACGGACAUUGAAAUGGUCGAACCAGCGAAAUCUAAUCAGAAGAGAAAAUUACGAAGAAAAUGUAAGGAUUAGAAUGAGGUAUCACUUAACUCCUUACAGAAAACAUACUUUUCACGUUAAUAUAUUAAAUAUUCCGUAAUAGUCAUGUAUUUAUUUUUACAUAAAACUGUAUUCAUUAAUAUU